AUGGAGUCUGAAACACCUUUUACAGCUAUUGCACCACCAGUUUUUGAUGGUACGAAUUACCAGAUGUGGGCUGUCAAGAUGGAAGCCUAUCUUGAAGCCAAUGAUCUAUGGGAAGCUGUGGAAGUAGACUAUGCAAUACCUACACUACUAGAAAAUCCAACUCUGGCACAACUAAAGAAUCAUAAAGAAAAGAAGCUAAGGAAAUCUAAAGCCAGGUCAGUCUUGUUCAAAGCUGUUUCUACCGUCAUUUUCAACAGAAUAAUGACAUCGAAGACAGCAAAAGCAAUAUGGGAUUUCCUAAAAGAAGAGUAUGAAGGAAGCGAGAAGAUUAAGGGCAUGCAAGUCCUGAAUCUAGUUCGAGAAUUCGAGAUGCAGAGGAUGAAGGAGACAGAAACCAUUAAGGAUUAUGGAGACAAGCUAGUUGGUAUUACUAACAAGGUUAGACUCCUUAGUACUGAUACUGACUUUCCUGAUUCAAGAAUUGUUCAGAAAAUUCUUGUAACACUUCCUAAAAAAUUUGAGGCUACUGUAACUUCUCUGGAAAACUCAAAGGAUCUGUCAAGCAUCAAAUUGGCAAAAUUAUUAAGUGCACUUCAAGCUCAGGAAUAG